CUGCAAAAAGACACUUCCGGUCUGACGUCAUAAAUUACUAUCCCUUUAUGGAAACCAGUCUUCAAAAAGAGUGAAAUAUUUCCCUUUCUUUGUGUGAUUCAAGACAUUCUGAAGUCAUGUCUUCAGGAGAAACAAAUAUGGAGACAUGUACUUCGUCCGACGAAAGGAUAGACAUCAAACGGCCUGAGAUGACUCAAUUAUUAAAGACACAGACUUCAGUUCAACCUGAGCUUUCUGAGGACUAUUUAAAGGAUAGAGAUCCUUGUGUUAAACAAUUUGAACACUGGACAGAAUAUGAACAAGUUACAUUUGUUCAGCACUUGUUAUCAAGAAUGUGUCAUUUCCAACAUGGACAGAUUAAUGCAUUUCUUAAACCUAUGUUACAAAGAGAUUUUAUUUCUGCAUUACCAGCAAAAGGUUUAGACCAUAUAGCAGAGACAAUAUUAUCCUACUUGGAUGCCAAAUCAUUGUGUUCCGCCGAACUUGUAUGUAAAGAAUGGCAUCGUGUUAUAUCAGAAGGAAUGUUGUGGAAAAAAUUGAUAGAAAGAAUGGCACGAACAGAUACACUCUGGAGAGGUCUAGCUGAAAGAAGGGGCUGGAUACAGUUCUUGUUUAAGCCUAAACCUGGUGAACCAUUAAAAGAUCAUAAAUUUUACAGAAAUCUCUACCCACAAAUUAUAGAAGACAUUGAUAGAAUAGAAACAAAUUGGAAGACAGGUCGUCACACAUUAAAGCGCAUACACUGCCGGAGUGAAACAAGUAAAGGUGUUUAUUGUUUACAAUAUGAUGAAACCAGAAUUAUCAGUGGAUUAAGAGAUAACACAAUUAAGUUAUGGGAUCGUAACACAUUAGAAUGUGUACAAGUAUUGACGGGUCACACUGGUUCUGUCUUGUGCCUACAGUACGAUGAUAAUAUAAUAAUAUCAGGCUCUAGUGAUUCAACUGUUAGAGUGUGGGAUGUAAGAACUGGAGAGAUGACAAACACACUUAUUCAUCAUUGUGAAGCUGUAUUACAUUUAAGGUUCUGUGAUGGCAUCAUGGUUACAUGUUCAAAAGACAGAUCAAUAGCUGUUUGGGACAUGCAGUCACCAUCAGAAAUAAACCUGAGAAGAGUGUUAGUAGGACAUCGGGCAGCAGUAAAUGUUGUAGAUUUUGAUGAGAAAUAUAUUGUCUCUGCUUCAGGGGACAGAACAAUCAAGGUAUGGAGCACAUCAUCUUGUGAGUUUGUUAGGACAUUAAAUGGUCACAAACGAGGUAUUGCCUGUUUACAGUACAGAGAUAGACUUGUUGUCAGUGGCAGUUCAGACAAUACAAUCAGGUUGUGGGACAUUGAAUGUGGUGCUUGUCUACGUGUAUUAGAAGGACAUGAAGAAUUAGUUAGAUGUAUAAGAUUUGAUAAUAAACGUAUUGUCAGUGGUGCCUAUGAUGGAAAAAUCAAAGUAUGGGAUCUUGCAGCUGCCUUGGAUCCCCGAGCUCCAGCAGGAACUCUCUGUCUCAGAACACUUGUGGAACAUUCAGGGAGAGUAUUUCGUCUGCAGUUUGAUGAAUUCCAAAUAGUGAGCAGUUCACACGACGACACAAUAUUAAUUUGGGACUUUUUAAAUGUAGAACCACCAGAAGGCACCUCUCGAUCACCUGUACGGACCUAUACUUAUGUGUCAAAGUAGCUGUGAUAGUGUGUAACAGAUCUGAAAGCUCAAUAAGUGUACAUUGUGGACCAAUAGCUUGAGUGAAUGAUGAUGGCAGUAUAAUGGCAAUAUAUGUAUACUUGUCUGCCAGUUGUUAGGAUCAUGGCAAUAUACAUUGUAUGUAUACUUGUCUGCCAGUUGUUAAUAUCAUGGCAAUAUAUACAUUGUAUGUAUACUUGUCAGACAGACACUUGACCAGUAUCAUCUUAUUUCUGUACCACUUCUUCAGCUGCUGUUCAUAGCUCUGUCAAAACAACUUUUGCUUGUGCUGAGUUAAACUCUGUAAUCAGGGAUAUUUAUAUCUCUGAUUAGUCAAUCUUUUAUUUAUAUUAAAUACAGAGAUCAAUUUCUAGAAUAAAUUGGCCUAUGUCAUCUGUAGGAACCAUCAAUAACUAUUUUGACUGAAUCUGCUUACUAUGUUUUUGAACAUAUUGAAUAUUUCGGUAAAAUAACUAGGUUUUGUCUUGGGCUAUUCCAAGUUGUAUUGAGAUUAUUCCAUCAUGGAUGAAGGUUGCUUUCACAUCAUUUGAAUUUUCAGUUAUGACAUCUUUGACAGUUUAUAAUGGUCUUUUGCCUUGUUGUCAUCUUCAAUGUACUGAUAGCAACUUUGUUUUAUAUUGAUAAGUUGCUGUCUGUAUUCUUCAAUAAAAUGAUUGAGUGAAAUUAUUAAUAAGGAUACAAACUUGCUAACUGUUUUAUUGAGAUAUUUGGAGCUUAGUAGAAAUAUUUUAGUAUAUCUGUGUGUCUUGAUUGUAAGGAAGGAUAGAAAUUGUUGUCUAAAAUCAGGUUUUGUGACAUUGAAGUAUUUAAGAUCAUGGUGAUAAUAUUGCUAUGAAUUUAAAACUGUUUUAGUAAAAAUAUACACGUGGCUACAAGUUCUACUAUUUUUGCUUUCUUUUUGUGAAGGCCAUCAAAGAUAAAUGAUAAAUGGAUCAUACAAUUUUGCUUGUAUCACUUUAGUGGACGUGUUAUAUGUUAUUUAAUUAUGAUUCAAGAGAUGUGAAUAUUCACUUUUGACCAACUAUCAUAUAAUGGCUAUUGUAAUCACCCUGUCAUUAGCCUCAGGUUGUUUGCUUUAGCUUCAAGUUAAGAAAUAUUUGAUUGCUGGUUUUUUUUCCAUUGUAUGAUUGAUAAACAGAGCAUUAGUAUUUUGUAUGCUUCAGUUGUUGAUUGGCAUGUUAAUGAAAAAUAUAACAUGUUAAAUUGAUUUGUUUUGGGAUAUUUUUACAUUGGUCAAAACCAAACUUACUGAUAAGGUGCAAUUAUUAAAACCAGCUCUUAAAACCCUUUGGUAAUAAAACAUGUUCUACCCAAAUUGUUUAAGAGCUCAGAUUACAAUAGUAUAAAACACCUUAUCGCUCUUUUCUGCAUUUACUGGACAUCACAGACUGAAAAAAUGUACUCUUAAGAGAAAAUAUCUUGCAUCAAAAAGCAAAAUUGUUUGUUGUAUGAUGUCAGUUGUUUUAUUGUUGCAAAAUCUUGGGUCUAUUGUAGCGAUAAGGUAUUUUAUGAUAAAAAUAAAUAGUACUACUUUGUGUGUUGUAAUUUUAUGAUUGGACUAUGUACAAUUGAAAAAAAUGUAUGUGAGACGGGUAUGUUUAUAUCUAGGCAUGUCUGACAUAUGUUUCAUUUAAAUGAACUAGGCAACUGAGAAUUUUCUAAUUACACUGAUGUCUUCUUAUGAUGUUACAUUCUUUCAAAUUAGUAGAAAAAUUGUUAAACUCAAGUAUGUGAGAUAAAAAUUACAUUGAUAAAGUCAUACAAAGCCUUUCAAUACCAACAAAAAUGAAGAAUUUACUCCAAGCCUUUUUAUACCAAGAAAAAACAAAGGAUUCUCUUAUUUCAACUCAAGUCUUUCUUAUUUAUGAAUGUGUAACAAGAUUUUUAACGUAUAAAUGUACUUAAAUGUUUUUAAAAUAUUGUUAUUUUUUGUGUAUGAAUGAUAUGUAAAAAUGCACAUGAAGUGCUGUGUAUAUGUUUAGUUUUGUGUUAGGAGGAAUGAUUAAUUAACAAAUAUUCCAGUUUGAAUUCAUUGUAUGCCUUUCCAUUUUAGAUGUGUGGUUUUGUUACUAUUGGUUAUAUCGUCCAAAUAUCAUCUUCCAACAUAAUCAUCAGUUUAAACAGGGGUUAUAAUUUUCUACCAAACUCAGCUAGCUUAAAGGGCUAGGCGUGGUUUAAAUCACUACUGGAAAAACUAUAAUGUUAAGCCUUUUAUAACAAAAUUUUCACUACAUUUAACACAUAGAUAUGCCAAAAUGAUUUCAGAGUUAAGUGUUUAUUUUCUAAGAAACUAUGUUUGGUAUCUAAAUUCUUUAAAUCCUAAAUUUGCACAUGUAUUUCAACACAAUUUAUUUUUGUUCACCAAUUAUUUUUAAUGGAUAAGAUUUGAAAUUGAAAUAGCAAUUUAAUAAUAUUUUUUUGUUUGAUAGCCAUCAUACUAUAAAUAGCUAAAUAGAAUAAAAUAGUAGCUCAUUGUAAAAAGUCACUUAAUCUAAACUAUAUUAAAACUUGACGAGAUAGCCUUAGAAACAAUUGGAAAUUUAUUACAGCAUUUUUUCUGUAAUUUCUUGAAAUCUUUAAAACAUGGCCACCAAUCACAGAGUGUUAGUCUAGUCCUUUUUUGUUCCCAACUGACCUGUCAAGGAUUUCUUAUAAACAGCUAGCCCUAUUUUUCAAACUGCAAAAGCUUCAUAUUUUGGCGAGGCAAUUUUCAACCGUUGUAUAAAAUUCUACUGUCUAAAGACAUGGUUCAAUUUAAAGUGAACAAUUUUAUUAAUAGCUAAUUUUUGUGCAUAGACUUGACAAGUCUAAACUAUCAUCACGCUUAUUGAGAGUACAGUAUUGACUUUAUAGUAACCUACAUUAAUGUCCCUAAUAAAUACAAAAGUAUUCAUUAAGUAACAUGCCUUUAAUGUAUAAUCAAAGUUGCUGUUGGGAUUGCAGAAACCAAUCCAAAUAGAUUCAUGAGUAUUAAUAACAAAUAACACCAAUCAGCUUUUCAAACAAAAUUUUGUAAAAACUUCAAUAUAGAAACCGCUUAUCCAAAACAAACAAAAUUCAUUUGGAUGAAGUACUAGUAUACUGAAAUAGUCAAUAAUUCUGUCCAUUAAUUUUGGUUUCAAAUAAAAUUUGUUUAUUUAUGACACAAUUCAUGAAGAAGUUUAUCAGCUACAUUUAUUAAUGGGGGGAGGGGGGAUAUUCCAUUCCUAUGAAAUUAGAAAAAUCACCCAUGAAAUCGAUAUCAUUUCGUCUUUUUCUUCUUAAAAUCAUAGGUUUUUGUGAUCUUUGUGUUAUGUAAUUUUGUGGAAAUUUUGUUUGUAUUAAUUUAUAUGGGGGAGACCUUUGGCAGCAAUGCAGUGUCAUUUUCAUUGUGUGUUGGAUCUCACAUCAUCACUUUUCCCCAGGAGAAUAAAAUCUUAAAAUAAUGUCAUGAAAGUGAACAAGUUAUCUACUUUUAUUCAAAAUUUGAAAAAAAUAAUAUGAGUUUUAUUUGAUACUCUCUUGUAUUCUUUUGAUUUUUUACAAAAACUAUAUUGACCUUUCCAGUAAUUUUUUUAAGGUAGUGUAUAAAUACACGAUCGGAAUAUUUAAUAAAUUGUAUUAUAUGGUAUUGUCACUAUAUAUUUAGUACACUUGUUUUAUUUAUUUUCAUGAAAAUUUUGGCAUUGUCAUAGUGCUUAUGUUGUAUGUUUCUCUCAUAAUAUAAAACAAUUAAAUUGUUAUAAAAUGG